UGAAUCAAAUCAAGUACCUUUAGAUGCCGUGUUUCAUCCAGAGUCACCUAAGGAAAUGGUCCUCUGGUGGGAGCUGCAGAUUCUCUCUGGAUUUAAUGAAAUCAAACACACAUUCAUGUGUCCAAUCUGCCCGUGACAGCGGAGGUGAAGUCACUCAGUCAGUUGCAACAACACGCUCACCGAGGUCGGCAGCACAAAGCAGAGACGCUCUCUUACGAGCUUGCACACACUCACACACAUGCUCAGACAGUCGACACACACCUACUCAGCGACGCCCGCGGAGCUGAAGCCAAACUGACGAGAGGAAGGAAGGAGAGAGAGAAGAAGAAGAAGUAAAACAAGAAGAAGAGGAGAAAAUAAAGAUACAUUUGGGAGGAAAUCAAUCCGGUUGUCCAAUUGAUGAGCUUCCUCCUGAGGCCCCCUGCUGACUGAUAACAAGCACUCUGUACAAGUGCGGGAGCUCCAUGAGUGUGCGCACAUAACCUCCACACCUCCUCUGUGUGUGUGUGUGUGUGUGUGUGUGUGUGUGUGUGUGUGUGUGUGUGUGUGUGCGUGUGCGUGUGCGUGCGUGUGUGUGUGUGUGUGUGUGUGUGUGUGUGGUGUGUGUGUGUGACACCAUGCUGUGGACAGUGAUCCUAGCGCUGCUGGUGCUUCUCCUGCUGCAGACUCAGCUGUCUGUGUGCUUAAGAGAGUUACGCAGCGGGGGUUCCAGCUCACCUGUCUCCUCCUCUUCAUCAUCCUCUUCCUCUUACAAUGCCACCCAGCAGCGGCUGCCUGGAGCGAUUAUUAUUGGCGUACGGAAAGGCGGCACCAGAGCCCUGCUGGAGAUGCUCAACCUGCACCCAGACGUGGAAGUGGCAAAGGCCGAGGUGCACUACUUCAACGUGGAGGAGCACUACCGCCGAGGCCUGGCGUGGUACCGAGCCCAGAUGCCCUUCACCCUCCCUGGUCAGCUGACAGUGGAGAAGACCCCUGGCUACUUUGCAUCCCCUCAGGUUCCUGCACGUGUCUGGGACAUGAACCCUGCCGUCCGCUUGUUGCUCAUCGUCCGGGACCCAGCCGAGAGGCUGAUCUCGGACUACACCCAGGUCCUCCACAACCGCCUGACCCGCCACAAGCCCUACCAGCCGCUAGAGGAGCUCCUGAUCAACAAGGGCCACAUUGACCCUGGGUACAAGGCGUUGCAGAGGAGCCUGUACCACCAGCAUCUGGCCCGCUGGCUGGAGGUCUUCCCCAGGGAGCAGAUCCACGUGGUGGACGGCGACGCACUCAUUCAGGAUCCCUUCCCCGAACUAAGAAAGGCUGAGAGGUUUUUAGACCUGCCGCCCAGGAUAAGCCCCAACAACUUCUACUACAACACCACCAAGGGCUUCUUCUGCCUCCUGUCUGCCGGACACGACAAGUGCCUGGACGAGUCUAAAGGCAGGCCGCAUGCACCGCUGAGCACCCAGGCCUUUAAGAAGCUUUGUGGCUACUUCAGGAAGCCAAACAAGUUGUUCUUUGAAAUGAUGGGGAGGUCGUUUUCCUGGUGCUGAUCCAGUGGUGAAAAGCAAUUGUGGAGAUAAAACACCCCCUGCACAAUGCCAACACAUUCAGGGACACAGGGGGAGAAAGAAAACUGUGGUUUGUGUGUUUUUGUAGGUAGAGCAGUGGAACGAUUAUUAGUUAAAUUAAAAUGAUAAACAUCUCUUGUUGUUAAUACCUACUCAGGUAUAAAUGCGGCCAACGAGAGCAGAUAAGAUAUGCGGAGUGGUCCAACCUCUCGUGUUGGACAUGUGGCCAACACAAACCUUAACCAUGACCAUACUGGAGCCUCGUUGGAUAAACUCACUUGACGAAGCUACGACAACCGUGCCAUACGCAAGUUUGAAACAGAAAACAAGACUCCUUGUUAGUGCUCAUUUGUGGGGUGUUAAAAGAAGAUGUGCAGACUUUGAGGUGAUUUAGAAAUAGACAAGUGGUGAAAAGAUGGUUGAAUUAAUUAUGUGUUGCACUAUGAACUCUAAUUGCAUAAUAAGAAGAAGUCAAUCAAGGUUCAAUGUAGACUAUUUCUAACAGAAAUCAACUGCUUGCUUUGAUUUUUCUCAACAGUGGUAACAUGUUUGUGUGUAAGUAGUUGAGUCAUCUUGUUUACGUUUGCUUUCUUUAGUUAUUUUACAAGACCUACUUUUAAAUAAUCUAUUUGUGAAAAUACUUUUCUUUGUAUAUGGUUCUUUUGAAAGUAGCACCCUUGAAAACUUGUUUUUGGUUUCUUUCUUAUUUUCCAAUGUGGUACUAUUGCUUGUUCAUGUUUUUUUAAGACGUC